AUGUUUCUAACCAACCUCCCCUCCGAAUUGAUCAUUGUCAUUGCCGACUUCCUCAGGCCCAAAGACCUCAAUGCUCUGGUCAAAACCGCCAGCUCUUUUGCAAACCUCCUAGGCCUGCGUCUCCUAGACCGUGGCCUUGCUGACCCCAAGCUGGAGAUACUCCUGUGGGCUGCUGCCAAAGGAGACGAGAAAAUAAUCAGCAAGAUACUCACACGCGCACAGCACAAACGAGUCAAUAUCCCUCCCCAAGUCAAAGACAGCAUGCUCAUGACCGCCGUGUUGCAUAACCGGGUUGGCCACCUCGAAUACCUCAUUCGGACAGUUGGCGCCAACCUCUCUGCCAUGGUAUCUCAUAAAUAUUCGCUAUUGCCAAGGGCAGCAUUACAUGAGGCCGCAGAACAAGGAAACAAAGCCGCUACACAAAAGCUGCUCGAGCUAGGGGCGGUCGUGAACGCGAUUGACGCGGGGGGCCUAUCCUCGCUGCAUUACGCGGUUUGGAAGCCUGAACGCGAAGACGCCUCCGAGGGUGAGGCCUGGGAUACGGACGAAGAAUUAGAGUACGGUGUGAACUCGAUAGCCAUUCUACGAUUGCUUUUGGGGCACGGCGCCCUGACCGAAGUGGUCGAGCCCGAUCGACAGCAGACUCCCUUGCUCUGGGCUAGUAUUGAUGGAGACACCGAGGCCAUAAGCCUGCUUUUGGAUCAUGGAGCGAAUAUAGCCGCAAGUGAUGACGAGGGCUGCACAGCUUUACACUUUGCAGCGGAGUCUGGAAAGCACGAGACCGUCCAGCUGCUUGUCGAUAAGGGGGCUGAUGCAUUUGCCUUUGAUUACAGCGCCUAUACCCCCCUUGACGUGGCAGCGUCCGCGUCGGUGCGGAAGAUACUGAGACAAGCGGGUGCUCUGACGGGUGCUGAACUGGGACGCGAGCUGGAAAGACUUUGA